AUGCCUUCUCUUGAGACUCUCUCCAUUGGCCAAGGUCAUCUCGGUAUAUCUCUGACGGAUGUCCUGCUGCUAGAAAUCAACAAUAGCAAGAGCCCGGCGCUGAAAAACUUGGAACUUUUCAAUAUUCAAAAUCAACGAACAUCCAGAGUUCCUUUGUCUUACCUACAGCGGCCUGCACUUGUCCCAGUCCAAACCCAGAACUGGCCCAUUUACCUCGCUGCGCCUGUACGAGUUCCAGGGCACGGCGACCACGCUAUAAGGUGGCCUGAAUCACUGGUUGAUUUCACACUCACCAACUACGAGCAAGAUGAGUACCAACAAGAGUACCACCUCGACCUCCCCGGAAUCUGCAGCAUGCUCGCAAACAACCACAUGGAUACUCUCAAGGCAAUCAAGCUCGGACGUCUCCACUCCAACGGCGAGGGCGCUCUUUUCAACGCAUCCAUCUUCUCACAACUCGAGUCUCUCUCCCAAUUAUUCUGGCAGGUAUUCGGGUACGCCGGCUUCCCCAAAUACACGCACGAGAUGGGGAACAACUUCUUUGCGCCGAAGCUGCGUGUCAUUGAACUGGACUUCAUUAAGGAAGAAGCCUUUGAUGACUGGACGACUUCCGAGUACCGCGCGAUAUGUAUAUUUAACCGACCCCUUACCUUACCUGCUGCCCAAGCCCAUGCACCGAUUGCCUGUGCCUGCCCCACCGUUCGUCAACCCCGCAUUGUGGCUUCUUCCUUCCCCCGCGUCCCUUUCUCUCUCCAUCUCCAGACUCUCACCAUCAUCAUCCAUACCACAAUCAACCUCACGAUGUCCAAGACAGCCAGUCCCCCCUGCCAAGUCAUCGGCACCGCAUUCAUCACCGGCGGCGCCUCUGGAAUCGGCAAAUCCAUCGCCCACGCCUACGCCCAAAACGGCAUCUCAGCCCUCGCCCUCGCAGACAUCAGCCUCGCCUCCCUAGAGACAACCAACUCCGAGCUCCGUGCGCAAUACCCACAAGUGCAGGUCUUAAUUUACGCCGUCGACGUAACAAACGAAGACGAAAUCGCCUGCGCCGUACAAUCCGCAGCGGAAAAGUUCGGACGCAUCGACAUCUCGAUCCACGGCGCCGGAAUCGGCGGUGUCUCUUCGCCGACACAUGAACUCAGCCUGAAGGACUGGCAGAAGGUCAUCGACGUCAACCAGACGGGCGUUAUGCUCUGCGAUAAGUGGGUCAUUCGCCAGAUGCUGGGGCAGGAUCUGCUGCCGGGGUAUCAGGGGCGCGGGAUCAUCGUGAACAUCUCGAGUAUUUAUGGUGUUGCCGCGCCGCAUGGACGCAUGGGGAUUGCGGCGUAUACGGCUGCGAAGCACGCUGUUAUUGGCUUGACGAGAUUUGACGCGAAAGCUUACGCCAAAGAUGGCAUCCGGAUCAACGCCAUCUGCCCUGGAUUCGUCGAUACCCCUCUCACUCAUGCUACCAUCGAAGAAGGUAUGCUCUACCCCGAGAUCGAGAACACUGCGCUGAAGCGACCCGCCACACCUGACGAGAUUGCGAACGCCGUGCUAUUCUUGACAUCAAGGAUGGGGAGUUAUAUGUGUGCGGGUGUUUUGGUUGUCGAUGGUGGAACUACGGCGUAG